CCAUUUUUAACUCGAGUGAAAGAUUUGUGUGAGUCAUCAACUCACUAGACUUCCUGUUCCUGGCGCCUGUUACGCGGUUAGACUUUUUAGAGCCCGAGCGGGAGGCGACGCCCGUGUCUUCUCGUAGAGGCCGAUCAAACCCUAGGAAUUUCAAGAUUUCUAACGGCGAUCGGCGUCGAGGCGAUCGUCUUCGCUAUUCCAGUCUUUGUCGUGGCCGCUAGCCCACAGCAAACUUAAUGUUGAGAAUCACAGAAAUCUCCAACCUUACAUAAUAAAAUGAAAAGAGAAAACGAAGGUAGAAGGAAGCCCUUUUUGACAAGUUUCCAUAGUCCUCACCGUGAUACACAAAUACAGCAAGGUUAAAACAUAGCAGAGAAAAGAUGCAAGCAAGAAUGAUAUGAUGGAGGCGGUAAGGCAUCCACGGUGAGGAUUGGUUACAAAAUGAAGGUGCUUGAUCACGGCAGAGAAAGCAGCCAUAAGCUGUAUAUCAUUACUUGUUUCUGCAAGAAUCUCUUCUUCAUGGAAAUCAAGGGUCAAAACACUUUACUGUUUUGGUGAAGCAGAAUAAAAUAUUGUCCUAAACUCAUAUGUGCUUUGAUUUUUAGUGGGAAGUAAAUUGAUGGCCUGUAAGGAUUUUGAGUAAACUUAUAGCUUGCUAUGGCUAGAGGAAGUGGCUCUGGCAUGGAAUUUCCUGAUGCUGAAGACAUGGAUUGUGAUUCAUCAACAGCUAUUGAUUUUGAUAGUGCUCGCUCAUUCAUAGCUUCUGCAACUUCUAGCAUCAAAGUUGGUAUAUCUUCAACCAGCGGUGUGCAUGAGCUACUUGAAUGCCCUGUCUGUACAAAUUCAAUGUACCCUCCUAUUCAUCAGUGCCCAAAUGGUCACACCCUGUGUUCAAAAUGCAAGGCCACGGUACAGAAUCGCUGCCCUAUUUGCCGCCAAGAACUUGGUAAUAUUAGAUGCUUGGCACUCGAGAAAGUAGCCGAGUCGCUAGAGCUCCCUUGCAGAUACUUGACCGUUGGGUGCUCUGAAAUUUUCCCGUACUAUAGCAAAUUGAAACAUGAACAACUAUGCAGAUAUAGGCCCUACAAUUGUCCAUAUGCUGGUUCUGAAUGUUUGGUCUCAGGAGAUAUUCCUACACUUGUGGCUCACCUCAGGGAUGAUCAUAAAGUGGACAUGCAUGAUGGAUGUACUUUCAAUCAUCGUUAUGUUAAAUCUAAUGCCCAUGAGGUUGAGAAUGCAACAUGGAUGCUAACUGUUUUCAAUUGUUUUGGGAAACACUUCUGUCUCCACUUUGAAGCAUUCCUAAUCGGCAAGGCGCCGGUCUACAUGGCCUUUGUGAGGUUCAUGGGUGAGGACAGUGAGGCCAAGAACUUCCUCUACAGCUUAGAAGUUGGGGGCAGUUGCAGAAAGCUCAUAUGGCAAGGCGUCCCUCGGAGCAUUAGAGACGAUCACCGGAAGGUUCGAGAUGACUAUGAUGGUCUGAUCAUCCACCGCAAUGUCGCACUCGUCUUCUCCGGCGGUCGGCAGGAGUUGAAGCUGAGAGUCACUGGCCGCAUCUGGAGAGAACAAUGACUUUGAUGCUAUCUUUUUCUUUGGGUAGGGUUUAGAGGUAAAUUUGGGGUCAGGAUGGAUCUCAUAGCUGAUAGAUUUGCUUGAAGAUGAAUAUAUUAUAAUCAAAAGUUUUAUUGUAUUAAUUAUGUAGUAAAUCUAACAGUUUUGAGUUUAAUCAUCCUCAAAAAAUUGAUGAGGAUAUUCUGAUCCCUUUUUUCCCCAGGGUUUAGUGGGGUUCCCAACUUUCAAUCCUGAGAAGUUCUGGAUGAAGCUGGGAGUGUGGUUUUCUCCUUGCUCUGGUUUGGUUUGGUUUGGUUGUAGAUUUGAUGAAGUUAAGGGAGUUAUUAUCUUUUGAGCAGUCUAUUUUAACUGUGGAUGAAGACACUGAACUCAUUUCUUGGCAAUGGUGCCAUUUUGAGUAGCUGUUUUAUGCUUUUUCAUAUAAUUAUGAGUGACAAAUGAAGAGACAAUUAGAAGAUAAAAAAAACAAAGAAGAAUUUGACAACA